UGGAAAGGCAGGCAUGAUGCAGCCUUUGAGUUGUCCUCUCUCGCCGGAGCGUGGAACCACGACGAUUUUUCGAUCAGCUGGCGACGCCACGGAGCCAUGGGGAGAAGAGGGCGACGAUAUCGGUCAACAGCAAACAACGGAUGCUCUGGGCGACAAAGAGGAGAAUGGCACCGAGGAAGAUGAGGAUCUAGCUGAUGAGUGCAUCCUGAGAACGGCAGAGCCGGCCCAUGAGCGCAUCGCGCCCUAUCGCUCCAUGCUGUCCGCAUCACACACGACGGGAAUCGCCGUGGACGACCAAAAUAAGCAGGGCGACCGGACAGAAGGCGACGAAGAGCCCGUCCUGGAUGACAUUCAUCGCUUGGAGGAGAAAGCGAUAGCUGCCUCGGUGGCUAAGUACGUAAGGGGCUCAUUUUAAGCGAACAUUUGUGUACGUGAGAUUUGUCUGACUGCAGGUUCAGAGAGGCUGCAGGAUACGAAGCUAACUUCGAAGAAUUUUGCACGACCCUCAAGUACAAGACCGUCCGUGAUCCCGAUGGCAGCACAAGAGAGGUGGCAGUCGGCACCUAUUUCAAUGCGGAACCUCUGUGGUCGACCAUGCGGCGGAUCGGCAAGAUGAUGCUGUGGCAGCUCGCGGCCGCUUUGUGUGUGUCUACUGUAGUCAUCAGCAUGCUACUCAUAUUUUGGUUCAGCUGCGAGUCUAGGAUGCUGGGCCCUGCCGUCGAUGUCAUUCGUUUGCUGGUGUUUUCUUAUGGAUGUAUUCUUGCAGCGGGGCUUGCGGUUACAGGAGCCAAUUUUCGCCGCAACAUGUCUCUUCUCAGAAAGUCCUGGCUGAUAUUGGCGAUAGUGGCGGCGUUACAUAUGUUAGAUGCUGUCGUGCUUCAUCUUCAGUGGCGCCCUACUCUAAAGGCAUUUGUUCUUGGCGCUGUGUUGAUGGUGCACCACUUACUUAUUCCCUGGACGUAUCCAGGGAGGAAGUAAAUUAUCGGCGGUAUAAACAUAGUGGUCGCCAUAAUGUCGAACUUGGCAUUUUGUGUUGAGGGACAGAUGUGUGUAUGCGUGAACG